AUGGUGUUGAUGUAUGUGUUAAGCCAAAAAGGUGAAAAUUUAUUAGUACACAAUCAGUUUAUUCAUCGAAAAGAAAAGACUAUUAAUGAAAAAAUUAUAUGGCAAUUUAAUGACUACAAGAAAUUAAGUUGUCGUGGUCGUGUUCACACCAAAGGUGAAAGUGUCAUUAAAUACAUUGAUCAUAAUACCCAUGUACCAGAUAUCACAAAACUUAAAGGAAUAAAAACAGAGGGAUUCUUUGAAAUUUUAAUAAAUAGACAUUUGUCGAAUGACSAAACGAAAUUUCGCGAGUUUUUCCGUGUUAACAAAAUACAAUUCGAUUACUUGUUAUCACUUGUUGAGGUAGAAUUAUCGAAAGAACCAUACAAUCGAGUGAAAGAACCAAUUACAGCUUCAGAAAAAUUGGCAGUUACUUUAAGGUAUAUGGCUACUGGAGAAUCAUUUCGAUCGCUGUCAUUUGGUUUUCGAAUAUGUCACGACUAUAUUAGCAUAAUAGUAAAGCAAACUUUAACAGUUUUAAAACAUAAACUAGUUCCAAUUUUUUUGCCAGACCCACGCCAAAUUGAUUUUAAAAAAAAGGCUGAAGAAUUUUGUUAUAAAUGGAACUUUCCUAACUGUAUACUUGGUAUUGAUGGUAAACAUAUACGUAUACGGUGUCYACAGAAUUCGGGAUCUUUAUACUACAAUUACAAAGAUUUUUUUUCUAUUGUACUUUUGGCGAUGGUUGAUGCCAAUUAUAAAUUUGUGAUUGUUGAUAUCGGUUCCUACGGAAAGRAAGGAGACRGUAGUAUUUUCCUUAAAUCUGACAUAGGGCAGCGAAUUUUAAACGGAUCAUUUGGAUUUCCAGAAGAAAGCUUUCUCCCCGGUUCUAAUAUUGUAGUUCCACACGUAAUUGUAGGUGACGAAGCGUUUCGUUUACACACUCAUAUAAUGAAACCAUAUUCUAAAAAAUCAAGUAGAGAAGAUGUAUCAAAAAAAACAUUUAAUUAUAGACUAAGCCGAGCAAGGCGUGUCACCGAAAAUGCGUUUGGGUUGUUAAGUCAAGUGUUUCGAGUUUUUUAUCAGCCUAUAAAUGUUCAAACUACAACAUGUGUUAAUUUAAUAUGGGUGUCAUGUUGUUUACAUAAUAUGCUGAGAGACGGAUACUUGGAAAAAAAUAAUAAACCAUUUUAUGAAUACGACUGUGAACAAACUGCACCAACCAACAAUAUGUUGGAAAUCAGUGCAGGAGGUGGAUUUUUUAACAUGGAAGGAUUCAAGGUGAGAGAUCAAUUUAAACAUUUUUUCAACAACGAAGGUGCAUUAAACUGGUAG